ACCAAGCUUCUGAAACUCAUUUCUUCUGAACUCUGCAAUGGAGAUGAAAACAUUACAUCUAUAUCUCUACAUAUCCAUAACCCUCAUCUUCAUCUUUCUCAACUCAGCUUCCACUUUGAAUCCAUCUUCCACACCAAAACCAAAACCAAACCCCUACACCUCAUUAUCCGCCAUUAAAACCGAUUCUGAAGCUCUAAUCCAGUUCAAAAACAUGAUCGAAAACGACCCAAACGAAGCCCUCUCAACCUGGCAACCCACCAAAUCCCCAUGCAAGUGGCUUGGAGUCACUUGCACCUCAGGUCGAGUCACUGGACUCGACUUGAGCGAGUCUUAUCUCGUGGGUUCGAUAUCUUUCGAACCCUUUUCAUCUUUAGACAUGUUAACCAUCUUGAACCUGUCAGAAAACCCUCAUCUAUUCAUCAACUCAACUUCUAUAUUUCAACUUCCAUCAGGAUUAGAACAAAUUUUUUUAUCUAAUUGUGGAGUUAAAGGUCUAGUUUUUGACAAUCUUUUUGUCAAAUUCAAGAACCUUGUAGUCGUCAAUCUUUCCAAGAACAAUCUAACCGGUUCCUUACCCGAAAACCUCGUGUCGAAUCUAGAUUCGGUUAAAGUUCUUGAUCUAUCUUCCAACAACAUCCUUGGAACCAUUCCUCUAGCCAUCUCAAACUAUACCAACUUGGUGAAUUUGAAUCUUUCAUACAAUUUGAUCACUGGAAACAUUCCAAGAAGUUUGGGGAACCUAAAAAGUUUACAACUUUUCGAUGUCUCGCACAAUCUACUCACCGGUUGGAUCCCUGAUGAGUUUGAAACUCUUUGUGGAUCAUUGUUAGAACUCGGGCUUUCGUCGAAUAACAUUUCCGGAACAAUACCGGCUUGGUUAUCUUCAUGUUCUUGGCUUCGGGUUCUCGAUGUUUCCAACAAUAAUCUAACUGGCCCGUUGCCUGAUUCCAUGUUUACAAACAUGGGUUCGUUAGAACGGUUGAUUCUAAGUAACAACAACAUUUCUGGACCAUUUCCAGUCACAAUUUCGAACUGUGAGAAACUGAAAGUGGUGGAUUUCAGCUCUAAUACGCUUUCAGGACCUAUCCCAUCCGGGAUAUGUCCUGAAACAUCUUCACUCGAAGAGCUUCGUUUGCCGGAUAACUUGUUAUCCGGACAAAUCCCGGAGGAUAUAUCGCGAUGUUCGAAACUAAAAACGAUAGAUUUGAGCUUAAACUACCUCAAAGGUACCAUUCCAGCUUCAAUUGGGAAUCUAGAGAAUUUAGAGCAGUUUUUUGCUUGGUACAAUGAAUUGGAAGGGAAUAUUCCGGUAGAGAUAGGGAAAUGCAAGAAUCUAAAAGAUCUAAUUCUCAACAACAAUCAUCUCACAGGAAAUAUUCCAGUAGAGUUGUUGAAUUGCAGUAAUCUUGAAUGGAUUUCCCUCACAAGCAACUCGAUUUCGGGUGAAAUCCCACCGGAAUUCGGCUUGUUGUCGAGGCUGGCGGUGUUGCAACUAGCAAACAAUAGCCUGAGUGGCAGCAUUCCAACGGAAUUGGGAAAUUGUAGCACUCUUGUUUGGUUAGAUUUGAAUAGUAACAAGUUAACCGGAGAAAUCCCACCUCGAAUUGGUAGGCAUGUCGGAGCGCAAUCUUUGAUCGGAAUUCUAUCGGGUAAUACUAUAGUUUUUGUCAGAAAUGUUGGGAAUUCAUGCAAAGGAGUUGGUGGUUUACUAGAGUUUGCUGGAAUUCGACCGGAAAGAUUACUACAGGUUCCUACAUUGAGAACCUGUGACUUUAGAAGAAUGUAUUCGGGUCCGAUUUUGAGCAUGUUUACUCAGUAUCAAACGCUAGAGUAUCUUGAUCUUUCGUAUAAUGAUCUUGGAGGGAAAAUUCCUGAUGAGUUUGGGGAAAUGAUUGCUUUACAAGUUCUUGUGUUGUCUCACAACCAACUAUCUGGUGAGAUUCCGGCGACACUUGGGCAUUUGAAGAAUAUGGGUGUUUUUGAUGCAUCUCAUAAUAGGCUUCAAGGGCAUAUACCCGAAUCGUUUUCAAAUCUAACGUUUUUGGUCCAGAUUGAUCUUUCAAACAACGAGUUAACGGGGCAAAUUCCGACAAGAGGGCAACUCAGUACGCUCCCGGAGAGUCAGUAUGCGAAUAAUUCAGGAUUGUGCGGUCCCCCAUUGCAAGAAUGUAGCAUGGUGAAUAAUCCGGUGGCGGAUCCUGGUGGAGAUGGUGGUGGUAGGCGGCAGUCGGCUAAGACUUGGGCUAACAACAUCAUAAUGGCGAUUCUUAUUUUGGUUGCUAUAGUUUGUUUGUUAAUCGUUUGGGCUAUUGCUAUGCGAGUAAAGCGGAAGGUGGUCGAAGAACAAAAGUUGCUAGAGCGACUACAAGCUUCUCGGUCAGCCACGACGUGGAAGAUCGAAAAGGAGAAAGAGCCAUUGAGUAUAAACGUUGCCACGUUUCAAAGGCAAUUGCGGAAACUUAAGUUUUCGCAACUGAUUGAAGCCACCAAUGGAUUCUCUUCAGAGAGUCUGAUUGGUUGUGGCGGCUUUGGAGAAGUUUUUAGAGCAAAACUAAAGGAUGGAUCAAGUGUCGCGAUCAAGAAACUCGUUCGCUUGAGUUGUCAAGGUGAUCGCGAGUUCAUGGCUGAGAUGGAAACCCUUGGAAAAAUAAACCACAAAAACCUGGUACCAUUGUUAGGGUAUUGCAAGAUUGGUGAAGAACGACUCUUGGUAUAUGAAUUCAUGGAGUUUGGUAGUCUUGACGAGAUGCUCCAUCGACGAUCAAUGAAGGGUGCACCAAACCAUAGGAUUUUGAGUUGGGAAGAAAGGAAAAAGAUAGCUAGAGGGGCGGCGAAAGGGUUAUGCUUCUUACACCAUAAUUGUAUCCCUCACAUCAUCCAUCGCGAUAUGAAAUCAAGCAAUGUGUUACUAGAUCACGAAAUGGAGGCUCAUGUUUCAGAUUUCGGGAUGGCGAGGCUAAUUAACGCCCUUGACACUCAUUUGAGCGUUAGCACACUAGCCGGAACGCCUGGAUACGUCCCACCUGAGUACUAUCAAAGCUUUAGAUGCACCGCAAAGGGCGAUGUAUAUUCAUUAGGUGUGGUCUUUUUGGAACUUUUAUCCGGGAAACGACCCACGGAUAAAGAGGAUUUUGGUGACACGAAUUUAGUCGGAUGGACAAAAAUGAAGGUCCGCGAAGGGAAAUCACGAGAAGUUAUUGACGUAGAAUUGUUAGCGGAGCAUGAAGAACACGAAAAAGAAUAUGUCAAGGAACUAGUGAGGUUUCUUGAGAUAACAUUGCAAUGUGUUGAUGAUUUCCCUUCAAGAAGACCAACUAUGUUACAAGUUGUGACAUUGCUAAGGGACCUUAAUGUGCCAAAACCUCUUGUUACUUAAUUUUUUUUCCUUAAUAUACGCGAAACAUGUUACAUUUGGUGUGUCAACAUCGUUCUCCGUCGAGUUUUUGAAUGUAGUACUUGAUUUAAGAUAAUACAAGGCUGUUAAUUAUUGUA